UCACUGAAUUAAUUCAGAUUUAGGAAUUGUGAAAUAACCUAUUUAUAUACACAAACUAUAAACCCCCCACAACAAAUCACACCCCCAAUUCACGUUCACCUUCUUUUCUUUUUCUUUUUUUCUUCUUUCCAUGGAUAACAACGACAACAACACGAACACCAACAACGUGAAGGAAUCGCUAUUAGAUCGAAGGAGCAAGUUCAACCGAAGCGUUUCGCACGUUAACGACGAGCUCCACAGCUUCCGAACCUAUCUCCGAUGGAUGUGCGUCGAUCAAUCCAACCUCCUCACCACCAUCCUCUCAUGGUUCGUUUUCCUCCUCUUCGCCGUCGUUGUCCCCGCCGCCUCCCACUUCCUUCUCGCAUGCCCAACCUGCGACGCUCGACACUCUCGUCCAUACGACUCUGUCGUUCAACUCUCCCUCAGCUCCCUCGCCGCGCUGUCGUUUCUCUGUCUCGCGAAUUUCGUUAAGAGGUACGGUCUCCGUAGGUUCUUGUUCUUCGACAAGCUUUGCCACGACAGCGAGACCGUUCGCUUGAACUACAUGGCACAACUCAACAGGUCACUAAAGAUCUUGUCAGUGUUUGUGGUGCCAUGCUUUAUGGCUGAGUGUGCAUACAAGAUAUGGUGGUACGCAUCAGGAGCCUCAAAAAUCCCCUUCUUGGGAAACGUGUUCGUUAGUGAUGCGGUUGCGUGCAUAUUGGAAUUGUGCUCCUGGCUGUACCGUACCACAGUGAUCUUCCUGGUGUGCGUUCUCUUCCGUUUGAUCUGCCACCUUCAGAUCCUACGGCUGCAGGACUUCGCAUAUUUUUUCCACGUGGACUCUGAUGUGGCAUCUGUGCUGUCGGAGCACCUUAGGAUCAGGAGGCACCUGCGAAUCAUAAGCCACAGGUUUCGCGCGUUUAUAGUACUCGCGCUUGGAUUGGUCACUGGAAGCCAGUUUGCGUGCCUUCUCGUCACAACCAAGCCUUCGACUGCACAUGAUGCCAAAAUCUACAAAACCGGCGAGCUUGCGCUGUGCUCGGUGACGCUUCUUUCUGCAUUGUCCAUCUUGUUACGUAGUGCCACAAAGAUAACACACAAAGCACAAGCGAUAACAGGGCUUGCUGCCAAGUGGCAUGUUUGUGCAACGUUGGAUUCAUUUGAUGUAGUGGCCGAAGGUGGAACAUUAACGGCUCAGGCUUCUCAAGAAAGAGUGUUUCCUAAUGUGGGAACAGAUGGGGAAUCAGAGACUGAUGAAGUAGGUGAUGAAGAAGAUGAGAUUGAUAACACAAGGUUAAUCCCAUCCUACGCUUAUAGCACCAUCUCAUAUCAGAAGAGACAAGCUCUUGUAAAAUAUUUUGAGAACAAUAAGGCGGGAAUUACAGUGUAUGGAUUCAUGUUGGAUAGGAGUACGCUGCACACCAUAUUCGGAAUCGAGCUAUCGCUAGUUCUUUGGCUGCUUGGGAAAACCGUGGGCAUUUCUUGAAGAAUCUUAUUUGCGUUUCAUAAUAUUUUAUGAAUAAUGGCCUUAAAAGAAAUGUAGUUUGUGAAUCCCUAAUUACCCAAUUCUUUGAUAUAUUGCUCCCAAUUUCGCGAAGGUCUCGGUUCAAACUGGAUG